GAGUUUUUUGACGAGAAGAAAGGACUCGUUCCGUGCCCGUCCGUCGAACCUUAUCCAGCCGCCGCUCGCCGCCCGGCCGCCGUGCCCCGUGUCUGUCCCGUGUCCCGUUCGCCGUGCGCCCAUGCCCAUCCGGCGAGCCCCGUGCAGCAGCGAGCAGUCCUCCCCUCCCAUCUCCUUCCUGGCUGCUCCCCUUGCUGAUCUGCAGGCUGCUGCCCCGUCCGGCUGAGGCUGACCGACGAGGCGGCGCGCCGGUGACCUCGUCCGUCCAGCCAGAACUCGACCCCGACGUCUGGCGUCCGUACUUCGGCGUUCCGCCUCAGCCAAAGUCAGAAGGAGGGCGAGGCCGCGAGGGUGCCAUAGCUUAUAUCAGUUCUCUGUGUGCUUUACGGCGGAAAGGCUGCAUACUUAUUGGCUGGAUUUUGUUCAUCUCCGAACUCCAAAUUCUAAUGCUCUCCGUGUCUAAACCCCUUCUCUCCCUGAGCCCCCUUACUGCCAUGGCGAUUCGGCCGCCGCCGCCGCGUGCACCAACCCACUACGCCCCGCCUCACAGGCGGACAUCGCCAUUCCGCUCCGCCGCGCGAGCGGCUCCUUCUUCUUCCACCGCCGCAACGGCCGUCUCGUUGCCGCCAUCUCCCAAGAAGGUUCUUGUGCCCAUUGCCAUGGGCACGGAGGAAAUGGAGGCAGUCAUCCUAGCCGGCGUCCUCAGGCGAGCAGGCGCUGACGUAACGCUGGCCUCUGUGGAGGACGGCCUCGAGAUUGAGGCUUCCUAUGGGACGCGCAUCAUCGCAGACAAGCCCAUUGCAGCGUGUGCGGACCAGGUGUUCGACCUUGUGGCUGUCCCGGGAGGAAUGCCUGGUUCAGUACGGCUGAGAGACAGCGAGAUCCUUCAGAGAAUUAUGGUUAGACAAGCUGAAGAGAAAAGAUUGUAUGGUGCUAUAUGUGCUGCACCAGCUGUUGUUCUCAUGCCCUGGGGUCUUCACAAGGGAAGAAAGAUCACCUGUCACCCAAAACCUUGA